UCAGUUGAACGAAAGACUUGUUCAAGUAACUUACGCGUUUUUCCUUCCAUUUUGAUUACCCUGUAACUUAAAGUUCUUCCUUCAUCUUGUUGAUAAUCAUCUUGUUCUAAUCAUAAUAACAAUCUACGUGAAACCGUUCCAACGUGGCGAUAAUUGUGUAUGUAUGUGUGUGUUUAUUGUACCGUUUGUUGAACCGAUUGGUUUAUAUUGAUAUCGAUUAUUUAACGUAACAGAUAAUUAAUAAUAUAACAAAAUGAGACCCAAAACAAAUGAUCCCCUGGUCGAUAGUGAUACUGGUUUACCUCGCACUCCAGUUGCUUGGCGUCACCGGGAACUUCAUUUACCACAACAAACAAAUUUAAUGUCACAAACUUAUUAUCAACCAAUUCCCCAGCCAUUACCAUCGGUCAUCUCAACCAAUCAUCACAAUCACCACCACCAUCAACAACCACACCAACAACAACAACAUUAUCAUUCAAAUUCACACAGUUAUCAUUCAUCAACACCGCCGACAACACAACCAUCUAAUCAUCACAAUCAUCAUCAUCCCUCAUCAUUAAAUCAUCGAACUUCAUCCCCAUCAGUAUUGACCACAUCUUCUGAUGAUCGUGAAGAAAUCCCAAUGGUUCGUCAUCAUCAUCAUUCUUCAUCUCGAAGACACAACGGAUCCAUUUAUAGUACAACAAUUGACCGUCGACGAUCAAAACAUUAUUCCCAAUCAAAUUUAAUACCCCAAUUGUCAACUAAUCGAGGAUCAAUUGUCAGUUAUGGACCAGGACCCAUACGAAAUUAUCAAAGAACGGCAACUUUAAGGUCAACACGAAGUUAUCCCGGUCUAGUAAUGGCUCAAGUGGGAACCUUUGAUGGUGAACCUUGUCCCGUUCAUGGAUCAAAUCAUCCUGUUCAUCAUCACCAAUCACCUAUUAUCCCUGGUCCUCCCCUACCACCUCCUUUACCCCCACUUCCUCUCAACCCUCGUCACCUUUCAAUUGCAUCUCAUCAUCAACUUGCUCAUCCAUAUGAUCAUCAUCACCAUCACCACCCUCAUCCUCAUCAUCCAACCUCAGCAUCUCUUCUAGCUCACCCUGUACAUAAUCAGCAAAUGCUCACAGUCAAACGUUUCAAUUCACUUUCUGAUUUACGUCGCCCUUCAUUACCACCCUUAAUUGCUUACCCUGGAAACUCAAGUGCAAUCGGCUUAGGGCCACCAGUCCCCCAACCAGGAGCACUAGCGACUCAAGGAGCUUCAAAUAUCGCCCAAUAUGAAUGCUUUAGCAAAUCGUUGACAAACAAACUUCCAAUGCCAACUUACGUUGGAACCAUGUUCCAUAAUAAUAAUGGAUCAACUUCAUUUGUGCCCUCAGGAGCUCAGAUUAUGAUUCCCGGUCAUGGAUCAGCUCCAAUUGAAGCCAUUAAAAGUCAUCUUGCUUCUGCCAAUCAAGUUGAUUCAUUAAUUUACGAUGAUUCAGUUUGUUGUAAAGGACAUUUAAUCGUCUUAUGGAUAAUACUCACCGUCGUUACAAUCGGUGUUAUUUCAGGAAUAAUCUUAGGAGUUACCGCUAAUUAAUCGCUCCCAAACAAUCAACUAAUAAUAUACCAUUGUGAUAAUAAUAAUAAUAACAACAACACCAUAUAAAUACUAAUAUAUUUUUCUAAAGAUUCUGUGAAUCAAAUUGAUUUUGAUUGAUUAAAAAAAGGAGAAGAAAUUAGUUCAACACUAA